CAUCUCGUAAACCUUCUGACCACUUCCCCCCUUGUGAAACCUCUUCAUUUACCCUUACUGCUAUUGGACUUUGGCCUGCAUAGGAUAUUUCUCUCCUUCUAACCCCGACACCCACCAACCCGACAUUGAACCCUCCGUCCGCGCUCGUUCCUCCGCUCUCGCUGCUGUCGAAGCCACCCCCGUUCCCCGAUCUAGAACUCUCCCCUCCCCCCCUUCCCUCCCUUAUCUUCGUCCAGAUCCUUCCUCCUCUUGCGAUUCCUCCACCGAACACCCCAUUCCCCCAAUACCGUCGCGAUGAGUCUCUGUGGGCGUCAGAAAGUCGUGCGCCGGAAGAUGGUGCUCCUAGGGGACGGUGCUUGCGGCAAGACAUCCGCCUUGAAUGUGUUCACUAGAGGAUACUUCCCCACGGUCUAUGAACCUACCGUCUUCGAGAACUAUGUACAUGACAUCUUCGUCGACAAUGUACACAUGGAACUGUCGCUCUGGGAUACUGCCGGUCAGGAAGAGUUCGAUCGACUGCGCGCGCUCUCGUACGAGGAUACCCAUGUGAUCAUGCUCUGCUUUAGCGUCGACAGUCGCGAUUCGUUCGAGAACGUGGCCAGCAAAUGGAUCGAGGAGAUUUCGGAAAACUGCCCCAACGUGAAGUUGGUCCUCACGGCGCUGAAAUGCGACUUAAGGAAGGACGAGUUCCUGAACGACAACCCUAACGCCAUCACGUACGAGGAAGGCCUUUCCAAGGCCAAAGAGAUCGGUGCUGUCAAGUAUCUGGAAUGCUCCGCCGUGCAGAACCGUGGCAUCAUGGAGACCUUCUAUGAAGCAGCCAAGGUGGCCCUGGGAGUGAAAACUCAGGGGUCGAGCGGAUCUGGGGAUCGGUGUAUCAUUCUUUAGACUUGGUUUCUUGUCGCUUGUUGUUUUGUGCUCUAUCAUUAUACCCGUUCUCGAUAUUCCUCCCUAUUGUUCGACCACCGGACUAGGUCAGUUUGCUCUGGAUACGUGCGGCCUCGAAGACCUUGUUUCGCCGCAAUUCAGCCUGUCGCCCUCGCAUUUGGUCACCCUGCGUUUGCAUCUCGCUAUAUAUACUUCUCUUACCGACCGUGUUCUCCUCGUGUACACUUAAUGCCCUGAUAUUGUCUCCGAAACUCUGAAAGCAUGCAAGGCAGGCCUGAUGGACAGCUGGUCAAAGGCAGCAACAUCACUAUAAUUAUCCCAUUAGCAUUAUCGAAAC